GGUCGGGGGCGAAGGCCGGACCUGCUGCUCUUUGUGGUGCCAAGGCCUCGCCGGAUAGUGCCUUGGAUGGCGGCUCUGCGACGGAUGCAGCGCGUGACUCGCUGGGUGGACCCGACCUACCUGAGGAACCGCCUGGUCUGCAUCUCGCUCUCGCAGUCGUCAUUCAUCGGGGAGGAGUUUCAGACCGAUCCGUCUGGCCUCCCGCCAGUCUUUCCGCGCGACCAGUGCGAGCGGUGGGAUGUCGACGCACUGCGCGGUGCCGCGGCGCAGCACCCUCACCAGCGAGGCCUCUGGAUCUUCCCGGGCGCACUGUCACCGGACGCGUGCGCCGACAUCACCUCGGCUGUCGAGCGGCUGACCGGCGGACACCGCGUGCAGGGCGAGCAGGGCGUCCCUGUCCGAGCAGCGGCGGAGAAGCCUCCGCCAGCGGCGCCGCCGGCCGAAGAGGCGGCGUGGGAGUGGCUCUCGUACGGACACGCCCGCUGGAUGGUGCCGCUGCAGCCGGCUGGCGGCGUCUGCGACGCGUUUGCGCGCGGGCCGCUCUCCGAGCUGCACUCGCACGGCUGCACCGACGCGAGAUCGUGGCCAAGCCUGGGCAGCCUCGGGUGCGGCGGCGGCGAGGCGCUGCGCGCGCUCGAGGGGCUGCCUGCCUCCGCGAUGGCAGACGGAUUCCGAGGCCGGCCACCGCUCUUCCUGCAGCUGCAGCGGCUGCAGCGCGGCGCCUCCAUCGGUGCGCACGUCGACCAACACCAGCAGGGCGGGCGCGCCAUCAUGACUGCCGUGGUCUCGGGAGGCGGCAGCGACGUCCGGGUGGGGGGGGUCUCCUUCCGCGUCGCGACGGGCGACGCGUGCCGUACCCGCUGGCGGAGGGCGGUGAGUCUCUACCUGUGAGCGGGGUGGGGCGUGACCAGGCGACGUCUACGCGCUGGAGGGCGCCGCGAGGGACAGCGUUGACCACCAGGUGUACCACGGCGACGAGGACCGGCUCUCGGUCACGAUCCGGUAC